AUGAUGACUAAUGGACAGGAUCAACACUGUCUUAUACCCAAGAAAUCUAGGGCAGUAAAGACCGACAAACCGAGGCCGUUUCUAUGUCCUAUAUGUUCUAGAGGAUUUGUACGUCAGGAACAUCUGAAAAGACAUCAGAAUAGUCACACCCAUGAAAAACCCUUCUUAUGUUUGAUUUGUGGUAAAUGUUUCGCACGUAAGGACUUAGUUCUUAGACAUUUGCAGAAAUUACACCGAGAUUAUAAGACCGAACAAUUGGACAAAACAAUAGGAAGAGGAAAAUGGGAUGAGAAGAUACUUAAUACACCUGAUGUUUGGAACAAUGAUAUUGUCAAAGUGAAAGGGAACAAAGCAUCAAUCUUACCAACUGUUGACUACACAAUGCAUAGACAGGACUUGGUUCUCAAAUCGAAUGAUGGCAAUGAUUCUCAAACUGGUAUCAGCAGUCAAAAUUCUAUUACUUUCAAUAAUAUGAGUGUGAGCGUUGGAUCAAGCGGUGUAUUGGAGUAUGAGAGUACCAGCAAGAGAAGUACACCUGGUAAUCAUUCUUCAGAUAGUACUCCAACUGAUAGCUCUAUCAGUCGAUUACGCACCGAAGGUAGCUAUACAAACACAAAUAAUGCUGAUGGCACUCUAAACCCAGUACCGUACCAUGAUCUAGAUUUAUCUUCAUCUUCAUCGCUUUCCUUUGCAACUCCUUCAUACCAAAAUACAAGGACUUCCAAUAACCCUGUACCAAUUGGCGGUGGCACUCCUCUGGAUGUCAAUUGGCUAAACUCAGUGUUAGAGUCUGACAACAAGAUAAACGAGUUAGCCUCGAAGAGCUUAUCUCCAUCUGCAACACUUGGCCAAAAAUCUGAUAAACAUAACAAUAUCGCAGAUUUCAAGCUUUCCCUACCGGAAUCAAAAAAGAACAGACGGUAUAGCUAUCCAAAUAAUUUAAAUGACACAACAGCAAAGCAAUCCAAUGAUAAAAACUAUACUGGCAGCCCAUUGAAUCCGAAUGGCCGUAUGCAUUCGAAUGGGCACAAUAACCCCCCUUCUGCGUCUAAUGCAACAAUAACUUUAAAUACUUCGGCUGGCAUUGAAAAUCACACCAUCAAUGAUAAGGAUCUGUUUAGACCUGAUCUUAACCAUAAUCCAUCGUUGUCAUCUCUUUUCAAAACAGAAGAUCCUACGAGCUCAGAACAACCGGUCAUUGAUAUUAUAAGCCAACUCUCCUCUGAAUACACAUCACCCAACGAUUUGAGUUUUGUAAACUUAAAUCAGCCAAAUCUAGGCUUCUUUACUCAAGAAUGGAGAGAUCUGAUUUUACAAAAGUAUAGUCUCCUGGAUAACAACUUUCCAACUAUAAAAGAGUUGAACGAAUAUAUUGAACAGUAUCAAAAGGAAUUUCAUCCAUAUUUUGCAUUCUUACAUCUUCACUCUGUUCAACCGUCAUUGAGCAGGAUAUCACUAUUUUUAUCUGUGGCGGCAAUUGGUGCUUUUUAUUCCUAUAAUUCAACACAUUCCAAUUUGCUGGCAAAUUUGGCUUAUGGAGAAAUUAACCAACUAAUAAAAUCUGUCAAAUUAGACUCCUCUCCACUAUGGCUUGUCCAAACCAUGCUGGUCUUAGGUUUUUAUGCUAUUUUCAAUAACGACAUUUCGUUGGUACAAUCAGCAAGUGACCAAUUUGUAAUGAUUGUCAAGAUUGUCAAGUCAGCGAAGAUUAAUCAGCCUCUUGAAACGAUGGUUGUACCACCGACGAACUUAUUCCCAAAUCCAGUUACAAAGACACUGACUUCGGAUCAGAUUGAUGCGGCUUAUAGGUAUUUUAUCACAGCACAAUCUAGAAUCCACAUUUGCCAUUCAAUGCUGUUUUUAAGCAACAUUUUCCCUGCUAUGUCUGGAUUAGAAGCUUGUUUUCUAUCUUCAGAUGUUUUGUGUGGGGUGCCUUGUCCUUACGAGGAUCUUUAUACGUCUAAAUCUCCUGGAGAGUGGUAUAAUAAUGUUUUGAAAAAUAGCAUUGAAAUUGCAAAUAGCAGUCAGCUAGUAAAUUUAUCAAAUGGUAUGGUGAGCUUCCAGACGUGCUUGGAGUAUUUAACAACCGGAAAUCAUGUAUUAUACGAGAACAUCAAACUGUCAUUGUAUACCUUGCUCUCCCUGCUGGUUUCAAUUCAUGAAAAGAUAUUACUCGAAAGACACAAAGCAAAAACCGAAAAGGAUGUUCAAUACAAUGAUACACAAUGGAAAUUAAAGCAAGGGCCUCUGAUUGACUCAGUAAUUCGUAAAUGGGAGAUUUUAUAUAUGAAGAAUGGAGGUAUUCUUUUGCCUACGGAAAAUAAUGUUGCAAAAAUCACAGGAAGCCAUGUUAUGAGGAAUAAUGUAUCAUUUUAUUUAUUUGCAAAACUGAAACGUUGUAUUGAUCUGAAUCAUGUCAUUCAGAAGAUAUGGAUGAGAGAUUGGACCACCAUGAAUACGGCAUUAGAAGAAGUAAUAUAUGAUAAAGAAUCUUUACAAGAAGCUACCGAUUAUGCUAUUAGUCUGUUAAGAUCAUGGGCUUCUACUUUUACUAUAUUGGAUGAUGAAUCCAUGCAGGCUAUGAAGACGCCUAUGUUUUCAAUGGCCUGCAUUUUUUCAUCAAUCCUUAUCAUUGCAGAGUAUUUGAGAUCAGUAGAAAGAUGGGCCAAAACUUUCAAUGCUGGUGAUCCAAAUGCAAAAACCAUGAACCCAACCGACAAGAUUUUGUGGUUGAAGGCAGGAAGACUCUUGAAGAUGUUUCAAAAGAAACUUAUGUCAUCAGAUGCAAAAAAAUACUCAGAGUUUGCAGGUGUUCAAAAGCACGAGAUGCUUGAUAUCACUGAAGUAGAUGAAAGCGUACUACAAAGGGCUAUAGGCCUUGAAGCUAAAGUAGAUGAAACUAUCCAAAUGAUUCUGGCCGCAUCUUUGGCUUCGAAAGCUCUUUAUAUUGGUGUAAGGGUCAUCGGAGACACACCAAUAUGGCCUAUAUCCGUUCUGUUUGCACAAGGUCUGCAAUCAAGGGCUGUGUACUGUGUGAUGAAAGAUGAAGGUGUAUUUACAUAA